AUGAACUUUGGAGCCGUCCCAGGUGCCGGAGCGCACCGGGGGAGGCGCGGCGGCAGAGGAAGAGCUCAUCGCGAGCUGAUCGCCGCGGCGUUCGUCGAAGCUUGGGCGCACGGAGCGGAUGCAGCCGGAGCCGGCCCCCGAGGGGGACGCGUCGGCCUCUUCCUCGUCCUCGCUGUCGGCACCAGCUCACUUCUCCUAGGUAAAGGGGAAAGGUUCGCCCAUGGCUUCGUCGCAGCCAAGUCGGGCCUCUUCGUGGGCAUUAACAAGGGCCACGUCGUCACCAAGCGCGAGCUGCCGCCACGCCCGUGCGAACGCAAGGGGAAAGGUACCAAGAGGGUGCAUUUCGCCAGGAACUUGAUCAGGGAGGUCGCUGAGUUUGCUCCAUAUGAGAAGCGUAUCACUGAGCUUCUCAAGGUUGGCAAGGACAAGCGUGCCCUGAAGGUGGCGAAGCGAAAGUUGGGUACCCACAAGAGGGCGAAGAAGAAGAAGAGAGGAGAUGUCCAGUGUCCUCAUGAAGAUGAGUAAUGCUCCUCUUCUUCCUCGACCACCUGAACCACCAUGCCGGUGGGCUCCUGAAGCAUCAACUUCAAUAACGGUGUUGUGUGUUCUCGAAGAUGGAAGAGGAAGAAAACCUAUUUUUGUUGAACUAAAUUUUCUGUAUUCUGUUUUGUUGUAUGUAUCAUUUGAGAGUUUCGUAUAGGAACAAGUGAUACUAUUUUGUAGGGCUUUAUGGCCUGUGAUGUAAACAUAUUUAGUGCUGAAAUAUGAAAUUAUUUGCAAAAUUUGUUGAAAAGGUGGAUCAUAUGUGUGAAUAUGUGAAUGGGCUGAAAAGAGUACUGGA